AUGGGUAAUUCAACGUUUUCGGACCCAAAUUUCACUUUGUGGGAGUGCGGAUAUAUUGUAAUCGGAUGCAUUAUUCUUGCGUUUGCCAUAUAUUACGUCAUCAAAACACUUAAAGAUUCGUUAAUAACCGACAAUAAUGUUCAGGGACAGCGUUCAGCUCAGAUCUUCUAUAUAAUUGCAUUAUUCGUUAAAUCAAUCGGAUUAAUUGUAGCCGGAAUUAUGAUAAUUGUAGGAUUUCCCAAAGAUGAAAAACAACCAACAAAAUGGGAUAUUUACAGUAUUAUACCAACAGGAUUUCCAGGAUAUAUGACUGCUGUUGCAUAUUCUUACAUCUUUUUCUCAUGGUGUUCUGUUUGUUAUUCAAGUUUAGAAAAAAAUGCUGUCGGAUUCUACCAUAACAGCAAGAAAUUGCUUUCAAUCCUUAUUUACAUAAUUAUAGCACUAUUCGUUAUUUCAUUCUGCUUCAUGAUUGCAUCUUCUUUCCUUGCAAACAGCAAAAAGUAUUAUUUGACGGUCGCUCAUAACGUUGAAUCAGUUGUCGCUACAAUACGUGAUCUGGCUUGUGCAGUUGCGUUUCUCUUCUACUUAUUCAAAAUUAUUAAAUUAUUUGAGUCCUGCUGCCCAUCUUGGGAAUCUCCCGAGACUAGAUUACUUGUUAUGCUCAUUGUUUUAAUUAUUGCGUUAUUCUUAAGGCCCGUUUGCAUUCUGACGUACAUUUUGAUUUUCACAAAAGAUAGUGGAUACAGCGAGUUCAGUGAUGGAUACUUCAUUGUAUUCCUCUUCGAAUGCUUCAUUACGGAGCUUCUUCCUCUUGGAUUUAUUGGAUUUAUUAGAUUAACGUCAUAUAGCUCAUAUAAUACGCCUGUUGAUGAUAACAUCGCAGCUUUCUUAGCCCUUGAAUAA